GCCUCGUCCUUGUGUGGUACCAAAGGCAUGUUGUUGACACGUCAAGAGGAUCAUAAAUCCGGGCAAGCUUACUCCAGCGACCACACACCCCCGUGACAUAUCAAUUCGUGACCAGCAGAGAGCAUGGACGGUUACAAACCAGCAGCGCCCCCGCCGUGGCAAAGCAGCGGCGGCUGGCGUGACGAGGAGCCCGAGGAGCUGGGCGUCUUCACCGCCGAGCGCUACUUCAACGGCGCCGAGGACGACGUCCUGUGGUGCGACCGCUCGUCGUCAGCGUUCUCGACCGUGCUCAGGAGUACGUGGCAGCAAGAUGGUGGUGGGUCCGCUCCGACGCCUACGGCCGCCACCAGCUCUUCGGAGGCCAGCUGGAACAGCCGCUCCGCGCUUCUUCCCAACGGCCGUCCUCCAGUGGUCGCCGCCGCUGCCGCAGCCGUUGAGGAGAAGCAGAAGCCGGAUUCUUCUUCCAUGACGGGGAGUGAGCAGAUAGGGAGAAAGCCCCCGCCCUCGUCCUCGUCUCACCUGUGGCGUUGGCUUCUCGGCAUGGCAGGGUGCGGGUGCGCCUGCGCCGGCGACGGCCAGGAGUCGGUGAGCGCCGACGAUGAAGAAGUCGAGGCCGGCUUUGUUCUUGGUGACACGAAAGGCCGUAGAACAGAAGCGGAUGCAACGCCAAAUCCAGUGCUGCUCGCGGAAUCUGCUCAUUGCCCGGCCGCAGCCAACUCCGGCGAAUUAUCAUCCAUGCCGCGGAUGCUCAAUCCCGCGCCGCCCAACGCAUCGUCGUACGCGGAGCGGCCGCGGCGAGAAUUUCUGGAAUCUCUUCACCCGGCACCGGCAGCAGCAGGCCAAGGGAGCAGCCGGCUGGCAUCAUCGGCAAACGAAAGCUCUGCCUUUACAAUCGUCGCGGGAAAAGGCAGCAAUACUACGCGGGCCAGCGCGUGUAGAAGCCCUCCGCGGGGCUCCGGCGCCGACGAAGAAGACGCCGCGGCGCCCAGUGAGCUGGGGUGCAUGUACCCACCGAGCGAGGCGAGCGUGGUGUGGAGCGUGGUCACCGCGGAGGGUCCGGCGUCGGCCGGCAACUUCUCCAGCGCAGCAUCGGGCUGCUACUACUACUUCAACGACGACGGCGGCCACGGCGAGGCGUUCCGGGGGAUCAAGACGAUCAAACGGAGGAGCCGGAAUAACGGCAGCGGCGGCCUGCUGGCAAGCUGUAUGUCCAAGAGGGCCGUCGACACAGUCGGCCCGCCUCGGGCUUGGGCUUACCGGCCGGAGGUCGUCGAGCCUUCGCCGGUGCCGAGGGUGAGCGGCGGCCCAUUCCCGGACGUGAGGAGCCGCCGGUAGGUGGGCUCGACUCGAGGCUUUGGAGCUUUGCGGCCGGUGAGGUGUGGACCUGAUGCAUGCAUAUGGAUCUGUGGGUGUCUGUUUUUCGUGUGAUGAAUUAUUUUUCUUUUCAGUAACGAGACAUUAAAACUGUGACAGGGAUGCUUUGUGGACGGUGUUCUUUAAAGCCGUCGUCGUCUCUGUACAGAAUUACUCUCUCGGUUCCUAAAUAAACGCAACAUGUCACGAUAAUUGAAAAGACGAAUUUCUGACCGCUAUGUGGAA